GCUUUUGUAAAUAUGUUCGCUAAUCUCUGAACUCAUUUCACAACAUAUUUACACCUCAAUGGUACCUACGCAUUUUGAGCAUUUCAUAUAAGUAGGUAUAAAUUAAAAGUUAUUUACAUAAAAGUCAGGAAAAUGAUACCCUACCUACUGAUGGAGAGGAAGUAUUGAAGUACGAGGCCCUAUAGGGGCCGAGUACUUUAACUUCCGAGUCAAAUAAAGUCAUUUUGCUGACGAGACUUGUAUUAAAUUUUACACGAAAUCGUCUUUUUUAAUAUAAAAUUUCAAUUUUUGUAUAGAACUUUUAAUUAAUGUCAAUCUGCCAGUGAGGACAGGAGUCAUUAUAGACAUGACCAAUAUGACAAAUGCGGACGAAGAAGUGAUAGGUGCGGCCGAUAAAGUAGGAAAAGUAGUCAGAUAACGUAUUACUGCCACUGUCAAGGAAACUAUAAGUACCUACCUACCUAACAUUAGAGUAUGAAAAUGAAAGGUUUCAUGAAGACCUAUAGGAUACCUACUGUCUAUUUUAGCGAUUACUGUACCUAUUAGAAAAACUCGUUUGGCGGUCUAUCUGACACAAAUUGUUUUUUUGAUUUUUCCCUUCAAGAUAAAUAUAUGAUAUUUACAAUGGAAUACCAAGAAAAGCGAAAAAACCCACAAUAAAUUUUAAAUAAGAUUAGGACAACGGGUUUAUAAAAGCACUAACAUGUGAUAAAUGAAAAUCUUAGAAACUCUCACAAUGAAGAUAUCGCUCUGUAUCUUGCUUAUUGGUCUGAGAUCUCUGUAUGCAGUUCCAAUCAACUCAGAGUUGCAGAAAAAAUAUUUUGAUAUAAAUACAAGUCCAUGGCAGUACAGUGGAAAGUUUGAGGGCGACAUGCUCUUUUCAAAUAGGAGGAACGGGGUCACUAAUUUAAAUUUAAGAUGGCCGUACGGUAGAGUAUGCUACUACAUCGCGCCAUCCUUCACUUCCGCUCAACAGAAUAGAAUAAGAGACACGUUGAGGAACGCAUUUGUCGGCACAUGUCUUCAAGCCGUAGAAAACUGGCAAGACUGCAAUGGCGAUUACGUUUACUUUAAAAAUGACCAGGGGGGAUGCUACUCGCACGUGGGAAGAAUAGGAGGGGGACAAACGCUGAACUUGGGAGGCGGAUGUGCAGACUAUGAGAACGUGAUCCUACAUGAAUUCAUGCAUGCCGUUGGUUUUCAACAUGAGCACAGCUCGCCUGAUCGUGACAACUACAUUUGGAUACUGUACGAGAACAUAGUUGACGACCAGUACGGCAGUUUCAAUAAAAUCCAGGAUGUGACUCCCUUUGGCCAACCAUACGAUCUCUGCACCAUAAUGCACUAUACCGAAUACGCCUUUUCGAAAAAUAACCAGCCUACUAUAGUGGCAAAAUCAAAUCCGGGGUGCGUUAUUGGAGGUGCUCCUGGUCAGGGCCUUACACAGAUUGACAAAAACAAAAUCAAUUAUAUGUACCACUGCUAUGGGUUGUAAUCCAAAUGAAUUAUGGGUUCCGGUUCUGCGACUUCAAUAACUUUCGGUUCCGGUUUUAGUUUAAACAUAUAACAAUUUUAUAAUAGGCCAAAAAUAACACCACAAAUUAAAGUAGAUUAUUCUUUUGUAUAAACAUUGUGUGUUCGUUUCAUCUCUGUCUGCCUCUACUCUAUUGCUUUCUUCACGCAUUCUUCUUCCUCUUACUAUUUUUGAUUCGCUUAUCCUUAUGUUUAUGUUGCGCAUUCACAUUCUAAACUAUUUCAUUAUUAAGUACCUAUAUAAUACAAUAAUCGACUUUAACUUGAAACUUGAAAAUACAUUCUUGCAUUCUCUACUGCACCCUUUUGCUAAAGCACAUCAGCCACGCCCAUUUGAUGUAAGUAGGUACAUGCGAUUUAUCAGUUACGAGUUUAUUUUGUGUUCUUUGUGCUAAAUUGAUCACUCUUGCUGUUAUUUAGUAUGCCAUUUGUUUUCACUAAUUUGUUCAAGUACCUACAUUUGCUCUAUUACCCGAUUUUUCAUUCACUGUACAUAACAUCCCAGCACACGACCUUGCAUCAUAAAACAAGGUCACUUCUUAGAUACGUAAACGGGAAAUUCCCUUCACCGAAGCCACGAUCAAAACUCGGGGAAUCCCUACGACCUUGGCUUAAAAAAGGUUACGGAAUCGUAUAAUCCCUCCCCGAGGCUACGACCUUGUGACCUCACAAAAACUGGCGGGAGGUAGUGCCUGUGUUCUACUGAUAGGAAUUAAAAGAAAUUAAAUUGACAUUUUUUCUUACGAGGCGACUAGUAAAUGUAAUACAGGGACCCCGCAGUAUCCUUGCUGAAUUAAUGCCGUAGAUAAAUCUAUUGAAAUCCUAAUGAACUGAUACAAUGAGCCACUACGAUGAAACACGGAAAAGUGCUUAGUUGACAGUUUUUUAAGAGUUGUAAUUUUUGUCGCAUUUGUACCUACGUUUGGUAUUUUUUGUUUAUUUAUCUGGAUCUGGAUAGCAGUUUGAGUUAUCGACAAGUACCGUUGGCGCACCGCUGGAAAUAUGUUGCGCCUCGAAACAUGCUGCAGGUGCCGCCCAAUAAUGUAAUAAUUUUGAUGUUUGAUGCAACUUUUAAAUGAAAGAAGUAGUGUCUUUAUUUAGCUUUGUUGAUUUUGCAUUUUGUUCAUGGUAAAAUUUAGCGUCACUUUGCUUUCUGCAUCCAGUAUAGUUCAAUUUGUUCUAACAUUGUCCAUUUUUGUGUAAGAUUUGUGUCUAAAUAUCUGCCUUUUUUUAAGUGUAGGUAAUUAACUUUUUCGUCCGUGCAGCAGUAGAUGCCGAAGUGAUAAAGAUACUUGGCGACAUUCAUCUCAAAAUACAACUUUAGUCCAAGGUUACCCUUUCCAGGACCUUGAGAUACCUUCUGGACUGGAGAAGGUCCGGGUAAUUAACAUUGUAUUUCAUGUAGUUUAUGUAAGAGACUUUGAAAUGUUAUUUUUCACAAAUGGGCAAGAAAUGGAGUCGCUUUGAAAUCUAUAAGAGCUUACCACUCUUUGGCUUAUUAAAUUUUGUAUUAAAUUAACGUCAGAUUUAAACGAUUCAAAUUCAAGGGUUACCACUUUUGCUCCAAAUUUUCCUCUAUACUUGCCUUAUGGCAAACAAUGGCACGACCUCUUGCGGCGAAACAAAGAACUAUUGUAAAAGAAACUUAUAACACUCGGAUGGCCUCUAGCGACGAAAAUAAAGGACUAAGGUAAUAAAUCUACUACAGGAACCAUUUUCAUUUUCACUAAACUGGUUUACAAAGGAAAUACCUAGAAGGCGAAAGAAUAUCAAUUGGUAAGAUCAAAACGGUACAAGUCGAGAGAAAAGAUAACACGCCUUUUCCAAAGCCGAAUAUAUAUUACACAGUAUAGCUGAAGACGUAAAAUAUCACAGCUUAAUCUGUAACGUUGGCUCAAAAUUUGAAUUUAUUUUUUCGACUUAUAGAGCUAGAUAAAGUACAAUUUUUUACAUUUCAAGGGUUAGACCAUUAGGCAUUACAUAUCAUAGAAAAUUUACAGGGUGUGGAAAUUUAAAGAGCCGAUUUUCCAAUGUGUGGCUGGUGGAAUUUUAAAAAUAAAUCUCUAAGAAUUUCGAGGAAUUGCUCCUUUCUGCGUCCUUUACUUUCUAUAGAGCAUUGUGUUUAUAACGGAUGCAUGGAGACGAGAUUUCGCUGUAACUAGAGCUAAAGUGACCUUAUCUACUGUAAACCACUGAAUAAGUACAUCAUUUCAGUGUCAUUGAAAAUGCAACGUGGUGUAUCAUACGUGGGAUUUGAUUUAUUACCCUAGUUUUUAUUUAUUUAGUAGUGCAGAAGUGAAGAAAACGAAUCAGCAAGUAACGAUGACCGUGUAAUUUUCAGAAGCCAUUUUGUGGGUGGUAGUAGGAUAGGUAGGGAUCCUUCCGGCGAGAUUUUUAGGAUUCAUUCGGUGCUGAGCUGCGGGGGUUCGUUGUGUAUGGGCACUAUAAAAAAAUUAAUUAAUUAAUUAAAGAAUAAACCCAUGGUACAUUUGGAGUAAAAAUUACGUUUGCACAGUUCAAGGUGACAGUUUAAUUUAAAAAAAACGAUUAUAAUUGUCGUUGGCCAUUUAUUUAUUUAUUUAUUUACCUCAGCGAUUCAUUAUCCGAUAAAAUCCAUUGCGUGUUCCAUCUUUUCGGGAAUUAUGAGACACCCUACGGGUACCCAAAUUAGAUCCACAUUCCAUUCGAGCUAAGGUAAUAUAAGAAGUAUCCAUUUCCCAGAGGAAAACGAUUCAAUUUUGUAUGCGACAGAUUAAAGUAGUAUAGUAAUUAGAAUUUUGCGUGAUUAUUAAACGGCACCAAUACCUUAGUUAGGGGUAAAGAAUUAGGACAACAUUGUAAGCGACGUGGAUUGUGGAUUAAAAUCUGUGUUAUUUAUCAAUAUAUUUGUUUUAAAAUCACGUCUUUUAACGUGGAAAUCAGAAAUCAAACUCAAAAAGUUUCAAGUAAAAAAAGAAAAAGGAGAAAUUCCUUCAAUCGGAGUGUUACCAGAUAAAAAAAAUCAUUUCAUAUAAAGCUAUCCGGAGGUCAUUCUAAUAUUAUUGUUGAUGUGAAGCAUUUUCACCAUAUAUACGAUGAGACAUGUUAAAAACGAAUGCUUCAAGGUAUUGGUCCUUUGAGCCGAAUCAAUAUUCUUUUCGCUGUUUUUCGCCUUUUGGAAGAUUUAAACGACAAAAUUUCCAGAACGGUUAUGCAAACAAAACAAAAGAAAACAAUAAAAAAAACGGCGCACCCGACUGGUCCGGAAUUCUAAAGCGGCGGGAAAUUUUAAUUCAAAGGUCAUGUUGACCAAAGGUUUAAGAUAACUUGAAAAAAAUCCCUUUGCGUAAUAAGCAAAUAUAAUAAAGCAUUUGUCAAUCUUGCAACAAGGAUUUGAAUCUCCAGAUACGUUUCUAAUUGACCACAAUUUUCACCGACGGACGUUUCCCCUUUGAUGUAAAGUCCCAAACAAAGAUUUCGCAUGCCACUAUGAAUAUUUCAAAUCAUUACUUCGGAUUCUGCGCCCCGUCCCGAUUUUGGCGACCACAAUAGAACUCUUUCAGCUACUCCCAGUAGUAAGGUGUUUCCUUUAGAAGGCAUUUCCUUCAUUUCUAAAUAAUUAUGUUCUAUACGCGACCUUUAUUGUUUCGGGUCUUUAAUUAAUCGCGCGCGUUUUCUUUUUCAUUGUUUGUGAUUAUUUUCAUUCAUUUCUGAGGUUUUGUGUGAAAAGUUCAACAGAUGCCUGAGAGCUUGUUGCAACCUGGUUACAGUGUGAUGGCGGAGUCUGAACCGGAACUGAGCACCUUCGAAAAUAAAUCCGGUUUGGCCGAAGACAUGAAGUUUCUUGCGUCCAUGCCGGAACUGUGCGACGUGACGUUUUUGGUUGGAGACACGCGCGAACCGGUUUGUGCCGUAAAAGCAGUGCUAGCGGCGAGAUCUCGCGUUUUUCACAAGAUGCUGUACCAAGCCCCCAGUCCCCAACGGAAAAAAGAGCCGGCUCCUCGUGAAAACAAACUACGCUUAUUCCUAAAACGAUCUUCAGAGCCUCUACUAAACUUGCAAAACGCAUCCCAACAGAGAGGCUUCACCCAGCAGUUGGCUCCCAUCCAAGAGCCAGCAUCGCACCAACACCAAACGCUCAUCAUUGAAGAGUUCGAGCCAGACGUCUUCAGACAACUGAUCGAGUACAUUCACACUGGAUGCGUCACGCUACAGCCACGGACAUUAUUAGGAGUAAUGAAUGCCGCUGACUAUUACGGCUUGGAUGAGCUACGUCGUGCCUGCGCCGGCUUCGUUCAGUGUUGCAUAAACGUCGACACUGUCUGCGCCCUUUUGGCUUCGGCAGAACGAUAUAUUCAGUACAAGUGCACAAAGUCCCUGGUACAAAAGGUGCUGGAAUUCGUCGACGAACACGGGAACGAGGUUUUGAAUCUGGGCUCGUUCACGCUUCUCCCCCAACACGUAGUUAGACUGAUACUCGCCAGGGACGAACUUCAAGCGGACGAGUUUACCAAGUUUCAAGCUGCGCUGAUGUGGAGUAAGAAGUACUGCGACAACAAUCCGAACACAUUUCUAAAGGACGUCAUCGGUAACUUCCUCGAGUACAUUCAGUUCCAUAAGAUACCGGCCAACGUUCUAAUGAGAGAGAUUCAUCCUCUUGGUAUCGUACCGUAUAGUAUCAUCAUGAAUGCACUCGCUUAUCAGACCCAGCAAGUGUCGACCCCGGAAAACUGUCCCCUAAUAGAGUAAGACGCCAAGCGCACGGCCGUUCGAUGUCCGUGCAAAGCUCACUAGACCCGUACGGUUCGAACACAACCCUCAGCAGUAGCGGAUCUAGUGAGCUAGCUUCUUCAGAUGGCAAGCAUUCGUCUAACUAACAAAUAGCCAGCGGCGCGCCGCCUUCUACUGCUCCUUCAACCGCUCAUUCUUCACCCGCACACGUCUUCACCUUUACUAUCGUGCUCAAAAAGAUAACACCUCUACUUUAAUAUCCUGUUGUCCGAAACUCGCCCUUUGAAAAUUGACGCGCUGAUAACCAACGGUAAAAACUCUAUUUUUGUAAGCACCACCCAGAACGGGACGUGAGAACAGUUUUUGCGCGUGGUUUUGAAAAGGGUUAGCCCAGUUCUCGACCGCUAUGUUCAUUCUUGUUUAACAAUAUUUUCAUGCAGUACUUAUAAAAAUAUGUACAUAAUAUAAAACUAUGGUGCCAUAUUGUUGUUAAAUGACUGAAUUAUCCAAACACAAUUUUGUUUGUGUACUCACUGUGAUCUAGAGUAGUUGGUUCAAGUUUAACUCGGUAUCAGUUGAAAAGUGUUCAUUAUUUUUAAUAUUGUUGGAGCGUUCCACGUUUAAAUUAUGACAAUCCGUUGUUGAAAGUUACUGUUAAAUUUUCUUGUAAGAUUUUAUUGUUGUAAAAGAUUUAAAUGAAUAUAAAUAAUACUUAAAUGACAAACUGCAUGAUCAUAUUCAGGAUACUUGUUAACUUAUACUGAAGAACCUUUACUUUUAUCUGUACCAGUUGAAAUUGUGCUCAGUUAUAAAGUCCAAUAUGGUGAGAAUCGUAUUUGGAAUACCUAGUUAAAACACCAGUGUAACAUCUUCCCUCAUACCUUGGAAGUAUUAUAAGCCCACUCCUGGUCCAUACCAUAUCCGUGUUGCGGCGCGCAUUGAUGGCAAAUUGUUAUUAGAUGAAUUGCAAAGAGUGUAAACCUAAAUCAGCGGCUUUCUGUGAGCUUACUUUUAUCUUACAUUAAUUCUAAGUUUGCAAAGACUAUGUUUAUACUUUCUGUCGUUUGGUUAGUAGGUACAGUAAACAAAGAAGCGCAUAUCGCCGACAGGCGCAACUUUUGCCAAAAGGGACGCAAUUGCCUAAGGUACCUUUAUUUACUGUACAAAAAUUCUAAAUCAAUUAACGGUACUACAAGAGUGUCGCUAUCAGAGCUGACCGAAACAAAAACGGCGACCUGCCUAAAUUAUUAUCGUCGCGAAACUGUGAGCACUGAUGAACGUUCUUGUAGCAACAUAUACUACCUAUAUGCUCACUGUUUGAAAUGUUUAUAAUGUUGAUGUGACUUGAAUUGUUUAUGCGUGUAAAGGAGUUGUGUUAUUUCUAUUAUGUAAUUGUUUAAUGUUCUGUUACUGGAUUAGCUUGUACUAUCUCUGUCUUGUCAAUGUUUAAAGAACAGAAUUUCCAAAUUCUAAUU